AUGUCUGAAGAAACUUUCACUGCCUGGGCCUGUAAAUCCAAGUCUGCUCCUCUCGAACCCAUGGAGAUGACCUUCUGUCACUGGGAUGAAGAUAUGGUCCAAAUGGAUAUCAUCUGUUGUGGUGUCUGUGGUACUGAUCUUCACACUGUCGAUGAAGGUUGGGGACCUACCGAAUUCCCUUGUGUUGUUGGUCACGAAAUCAUUGGUACCGUCACCAAGGUCGGUAAGAACGUUCAACGCAUCAAGGUCGGUGACCGUUGUGGUGUUGGUUGUCAAUCUGCUUCUUGUGGCAAGUGUGAUUUUUGUAAGAAGGGUAUGGAGAACUUGUGUUCCACCCACGCUGUCUGGACCUUCAACGAUCGUUAUGACAACGCUACCAAGGAUAAGACCUAUGGUGGUUUUGCCAAGAAGUGGAGAGGUAACCAAGAAUUUGUCGUUCAUGUCCCCAUGGAUUUCUCUCCUGAAGUAGCUGCCUCUUUCUUGUGUGGUGGUGUCACUACUUAUGCUCCUCUCAAACGUUACAAUGUCGGUAAGGGUUCCAAGGUUGCCGUUCUCGGUCUUGGUGGUCUCGGUCACUUUGGUGUCCAAUGGGCCAAGGCUAUGGGCGCCGAAGUUGUUGCUUUUGAUGUUAUUCCUGACAAGGUUGAUGAUGCCAAGAAGCUCGGUUGUGAUGACUACGUUCUCAUGCAAAAGGAAGAGCAAAUGGAGCCUCACUACAACACCUUCACUCACAUUCUUGCCACCAAGAUUGUCAACAAGUGUUGGGAUCAAUACUUCAAGAUGUUGAAGAACAACGGUAUCUUCAUGUUGUGUGAUAUUCCCGAAGUCCCUCUCUCUGGUAUGUCUGCUUUCGUCAUGGCCGGUAAGCAACUCACCAUUGCUGGUACUUUCAUCGGUUCUCCCUCUGUUAUCCAAGAAUGUCUCGAUUUCGCUGCCAAGCACAACGUCCGCACUUGGGUCAACACCUUCCCUAUGGAGAAGAUCAACGAAGCUUUCGAAUUCGUUCGUCAAGCCAAGCCUCGUUACAGAGCUGUCGUCAUGAACUAA